AUGGAGUACCGUUAUCUGGGUCAUAGUGGUCUGAAGGUAUCAACACUGUCGCUCGGUGGUUGGGUCACAUUUGGUGCUCAAGUACCACUUGACACAACCAUAAAAUGCAUGCAAGCUGCCUUUGAAAGCGGAAUAAACUACUUUGAUACAGCCGAAGUUUAUGCCAGCGGUAACUGUGAAAUCGAAAUGGGCCAGGCAAUAAGACAUCUAAAGUGGAAACGUUCUGACUUUGUGAUCUCCACCAAGGUGUUUUGGGGAGGGCAGGGACCCAAUGAUCGAGGGCUUUCUAGGAAACACAUUGUUGAGGGAUUACAGGCCUCAUUACAAAGGCUGGGUUUGGAUUAUGUUGAUAUCGUUUAUGCGCAUCGUUAUGAUCCAGAUACGCCAAUGGAAGAAGUAGUUCGCGGUUUCAACUUUGUAAUCGAUCAGGGGAAAGCAUUCUACUGGGGCACCUCAGAAUGGCCUGCGGCACAGAUCGUUGAAGCGCAUAAUGUUGCCAGAUAUUUAAAUCUUAUUCCGCCCUUGUUGGAACAGACUCAAUAUAAUAUGUUCCAUCGCGACCGUUUCGAAGUUGAAUACCACACCCUCUUUAAAGAAUACCGCAUGGGCGGGGCGGUCUGGUCUCCGCUUGCCAGUGGUACACUCACCGGCAAACACAACAAUGGAAUUUGUCCGGGCUCCCGCUUAGCCAUGGAGGAUAAUCGCGUAAUGUUUAUGUUAAAAGAAAAGUGGCUUAGUGAAGAGGGGAGGAAGCAAAUGAAAAAGAUUACUAGAUUACAGGUGCGUGAAGAUGAUGAUUAUGGUGGAGUUGCACAAAAAUUAAAUGCGACUCUUGCACAAUUAUGUCUUGCAUGGUGCAUAAGACAGCCAAAUAUUAGCACAGUAAUCAUGGGUGUGUCUAAACCAGAACAAUUAGAAGAAAACAUUGGUGCUUUGCGCGUUGCGCCCUUGUUGACACCAGAAAUUUUUAAUGAAAUCGAGUCAAUUUUGGAGAACAAACCGAAACUCGCACUAUUCUUCAAAGCAGAUCUUGAGAAUGUAACUGACGUUGGUCCAGAAGACGAUGCAUACGAGUGGCACUUUAAGGCGCAGAAUGAAAUGUCUGGCUCGCGAGGAAGCGCCAAUUUUGUCAUGAGGUGCAAAUUCUGCAGGCGAGAGAGCAGUGCACAAUUCGAUUCCAAGCCAACUACUCUUUAUACAAGUGAUGAUAGUGGGAAGUACGCACAGAUGGCUCUUAUCGAGUGCCGAGGGUUGGAGCUUACUGGAUUUGAACCUAGAAUUGGAUUCAAAGCAGUGAGCUCUGAAUCGGGAACAGUGUUUGAAAACAUUGACUUGUCAGAAGCGUAUUGGGCCGAGUAUGACGAAAAUGGUGGAGUGCCCGUAAGCAUUUCUGAGAUAGAGACUGAAUUCAGAAGAGCAUAA